GCAAGGACAGCCCGUGUACUCCAUCCCGCCCGGCGGCUUUCGGCACCCCUACCCCGCCCUCGCCAUCCGCUCCCUCCGCUGCAGUUUGAUGUCCAGCCGUUUCUCCCCGCACAUGGUCCCGCCGCCCGCCCACGGGCUGCACCCCUCGGGCAUCCCGCACCCGACCAUCGUCUCGCCCAUCGUGAAGCAGGAACCCACCCAGCCCAGCGUCAGCCCUGGAGGCCACCCCGCCGCCAUCAACCAGAUCCUGGGCAGACGGUGGCACUCGCUGUCGCGGGAGGAGCAGGCCAAGUACUACGAGCUGGCGCGGAAAGAGCGGCAGCUGCACUCGCAGCUCUACCCGACGUGGUCGGCGCGGGACAACUACGGCAAGAAAAAGAAGAGAAAGCGAGAGAAGCUGGCCCAGCAGCAAAGCCACGACACGGAGA